UUUCGCAGCUUUUCAAAUAUGAGUUCGGCAUAUCAGAUCGAAGAACGUGGUUCACUUUAUGGGACGGAUUAUCGUGUAUAUUUUAAAAAUGAAAAAGGUUAUAUUUCACCUUGGCAUGAUAUUCCAUUAUUCGCCAAACAAGAAAAAAAAAUUUAUAAUAUGAUUGUUGAAAUUCCGAGAUGGACAAAUGCAAAAAUGGAGAUGGCGACGAAUGAACCAAUGUCACCUAUCAAACAAGACGUAAAGAAUGGGAUACCCAGAUUUGUGCACAACGUUUUUCCUUUUCACGGAUAUAUUUGGAAUUAUGGAGCUUUGCCACAGACUUGGGAGGAUCCGAGACAUAUUGAUGAUUCAACAGGUGCUAAAGGUGACAAUGACCCAAUCGAUAUUAUAGAAAUUGGUUCAAAUCGUAAAAAACGUGGAGAUAUCAUACAGGUGAAAAUUCUUGGAAUUUUGGCUCUUAUUGAUGAAGGCGAAACAGAUUGGAAGUUGAUUUCAAUUGAUAUUUCUGACCCGCUUGCUGGCAAAUUAUAUUCUGUUGAAGAUAUUGAUAAAUAUUUGCCUGGAUUACUUAAGGCUACACUUGAAUGGUUCCGCAAUUAUAAAAUACCAACUGGAAAAUCGCCUAAUAAUUUCGGUUUCGAUGGGGAUUUUAAAGAUGCAGAAUUUGCUCACAAAAUAAUCGAACAAACAAAUGAAUUUUGGAAAAAUUUGAUCAGGCAAGGAAAGCUUGCUGACGAUCAAAACUUAAAUAUGUAA